AUGACAAUGUCGGAGGAAACGGAGAAUCAGCCGGAAACCAUCAUCGUCGGCCUCUCUGGCCCGUCAUCGAGCGGCAAGACGACUUUAGCGAGAUUACUCAGGACAGCUUUCUCCGUGCAUGGAAUGAAGACGUUUAUUAUCCAUGAGGAUGAUUUCUAUCUACCUGAUGAUCGAAUCCCGUACACCACUACACCCUCUGGAAAAGUCGUCCAAGACUGGGACACAGUCGAGGCUAUCAACGUCCCUCUCCUAGCCUCAACUCUCGCGUACGUGCGACGACACGGCGCGCUCCCACCAGAACUACCAAGCAAAGAAGACCAGAACGACGCGACGCAUUCGGGGGUUGACGAUGCGACAUUGGAGAAAAUUCAUACGGAGAUAGAGCGGAAAUUAGACGGGUUGGUUGGAGUGGGAAGCGGUUCGGGAAAAGGGAAUGGGAAAUUAACCAUUGCGUUCUUGGAAGGGUUCUUGCUCUUUGCGCCGCCGAAGUCUGAACAGCCAGAUCAUAUUCUGAGGGUUAUUCAUGAGAAUAUUCACUUGCACCUGUUCCUGCCUGCGCCAUAUGAUAUCGUCAAGUCGAGGAGGGAGAAACGUUCCGGAUAUGUGACGAGUGGACCGGCGCCGCCGCCGGUUAGUCAGGAUCAAAUUCGAGAACAGGAUAGUGAGAAGAAACAAACUAGCAAGGCACAGUCAAAGGAAGAAGCAGAUCAGAGGAACCACGAGACUGACGUCCGCGACAUGGAAACUCCCGAGCAACAUCAGCCGCCGCAGAACUUCUGGACUGACCCCCCGGGCUACGUGGAUGAUAUUGUCUGGCCGCGCUAUGUCCGGGAUCACGCUUGGUUACUCCUUCCAGAGCCUGGGAAGGAGGGCGAGGUCGGAUCGGACGAGACAGAGACGAAAAUAAAGAGGAUCGGAAAUGGUGCGAAUGUCAGGACAGAUGCAGGUGUAGCGGUCGCCCCUGGGAACGGGACGUGGCCUAUGUCGCAGGUGCUGGAGUGGGCUGUUGAUAAAGUAUCCAAGUUUCUGGAGGAGAAGCAAGGACGGGCGUGAGCAGUAGUACUGAAGGUAGACCUUUUUCUUCUUUUUUUUUCCUUCUUAGUUUUCUUUUUCUUUUUCUUUUUAUUUAUUUAUUUAUUUAUUUAUUUUUUUUUUUUGAGAGGUUGACCGUCAGGAGCGUGGUGUGGUGUCUGCUAUGUAUAUAAUGCUCAGUCUUGGAUGCGUAUAUAAUAUUAGAUAGACCGCGAGGAUGAGGCUAAUUCCAUAAAUAGAACACUGGCGUUAUAUAGAUAGGGGAAUCAGUGGUUGUCGUAUAUUUUAAUGGGCAAUUGUUCGAUGACGCUGAGAUCCCCUUAGACCA